AUGCGGAAACACUUUUGCGUCUGGCGGCGCCUCGGCAAGGCGGACGCGGCCUUCAUCGCGACCCCGCCGGCCUGCGUCAACGUUAGCAUUGCUCUGCGGCACAAGAGCCGCGCUGCCGACGUCCGCGCCAGCCCCACCGGCGGAACCCGCGCUGCGCCUGCGACGACCACUGACGCCGGCCUCACCGCCGACACCCCGCGGCGACCGGAGAUGCGGCAGCUCCUGCAGCAACUUGUGUGGAGGGCAAAGGAGGCGCUUCUCACAGGGGCAGCGAGGACGCAGAGGCCAGAAGGGACGGGGAGAGGAAGGGAGCGGAGCGGCGGACCGGGCACGUCGCGGCGCCUGCCGUCCCCCCGCAUCCACCCCGCAGACAACACCGGGCUGUUUGAGGUGGAGUGGGGUGAAGCGGGACGGCCAACGCGAAGGACACACGAUGUCCCGUCCCCGAGCGUCUUCGAAGCGCCGACGCUGGAGGAAAGCAUCAAGCUCCUGUGUGGGCUGCUUGCCGUGACACUGAAGGAGCGGAAAGGGGCGGCGUCGCCGGAGUUUUUGUCGCCGCAAGUGACCAUGACGCUGCCGCCGCUGAAGACGGUGGAGGCCGUUGUGGCGCCGCUGGGCCGUCAGGCGCGACUCUGGAGUGAGCUGCGGGAGUGGCACGUGCUGCUGUCAUGUGCGUCGGCCACGUGUGUCCGCGUCGGUCGGGAGUCCGCCACCGAGGCGGCACUGCUUGCUUCGGUGCGGUCGUUUUUAGAUACAUUGGACGCCUUGUGUUUGCCCGCCGACACGCCGAAGACGCAGCGGCGUCAUCACAGAGUUGCGAAGGGAGACAGCAGGGGGGCCCAUGCUGUAGAGGAUACACUAACUAACGUGCUGUGGCGUGCGGCAUUGAUUUGCCGUGUGAUGGAGGAGCUCGUGCGGACCGCGCGGGAGGCGCCAGCGGCGCCGCCCAACGCGACGGAGGGGGAUGAGUAUCUGAGGAGCCCCGAGAAUCUGCGUCAGCUGGCGAGGGUUGUACAGUGCGUGAUGUGCGAGCUGGAGCAGCGGGUGUUUACUGUGCAAGAGCGAAAUGGGCCAGCCGCGUCGCUGGAGGGGUUUGCGGCCCUUGUUCUAAAGUCUUUUCACCGUUGUUGUGCCCCCGAUCGCGAGGACCGGCAUCCGACGGCGUACAAGGGGGAGCUGGCUGACGCGCUGCUUUCAUUUUGUGCCGCAUACUUCAAAAUGAUCCCGUUUUGCCUCCUGGCAGGGGAUGUGGAGGCGCAGAAGCCGGCGGAGGUCGCCGUGGGCGCGGCGAGGGAGGAAGACUGCUGCACCGUCACGACGGUGCGCACGCUGCGGCAGUGCUGGGUGCGGCAUCAAUCCACACUGCACAUCCACGGCGCCGGGGGCGCCUUCUGGUGGCUCCGGCUGCUCCCCAUCGUGCUUGAAGGCUACGCAGACGUGACGGCGCGGCUGCACGAGCAACACCUUUGCGGCGGCAGCCAAACGGACCCCAGGCAGCUGGAGACGGUGCAGACGGAACUCUUCAGCAUGCUGAGCUCCAUGCUGUACUUUGACGAGAGGGUCUUUGAGGAGCGGCGCGCUUCGCUGAUGGCAGAGUCCGCUGUGGAGGCUGCGGGCGGCGGCGCGGGGGCGGGGGCGGAGGGCGCCAGUGAUGCACGACUGCGACGACACCGCGGGGGUCGGUCGCUCUUUAAGAAGCAGGACGAGAAGGAGGGGGUGCUGCUCCCCAGCUCUGCGGAGGCUCUGCAAAUGUCAUCCCGCUUCUCCUCACGUCGGGUGUGGGAGGCGACUGCGGUGCCGGCCAAUGCGACGGAGGCGGCGAGCGGCAUGACGGGCAACAGCCCUCUCUUUGACCUCCUUGUCGCUUCGAAGGAUGCCGUGCUGCGGCUCUCUGAUUUGUACGCCGUGGAGGUCUACCACCGCAGCUCGGCGCUGGAGGUGAUGUGGCUGGCGCUGCUGGCGGCGCAUCGUCGCGUGCAAAAGAUGAAGUCGACCCGACGCACGACACCGCGGGCGCAGCGGCAGGCGCAGCCGGGGGAUGCCAUAACUGUGGAACGGGCCUACGAGACGGCCCAGAACGACGACUCGGAGCUGAUGUUUCCACCGUUUGUGGCUGUAAGUCUGCGGCACCUGUCCACCGCCCUGGCGGCCGCCGUGCACCGCACGUACGAGAUGGCCGACACGCUGCUCGCACGCGAUGGCAACAUCCGUCGCGCGGUUGGCGUCGCCAUCGUUGCAGGUACGCAGGAAACGCUCUUGCGGAAUUCCUUCUACUCGGAGGCACUUGCCAGCAACUGGUGGUUGCGGAGUAGCGCCCCGUUUCUACUGCAGAGGCGUGCGCCGUGUAACCUCCCUCUCCCCUCCGUACUUGAGGGAAAUCUCAUGCAUCUGCUGGCGCAGCGAGCACGCCGGCAUGAAGGCCUGGACUGGUUGAAGCGCUCCACGGCGACGGCGCUGGAAUGUCUCACGGCUCCCGUCGCCACACCGCAUCUCUUUCCUGUCACUAAACAGUGGACGGGGGCAUUGGUUCUAUCCAAUCUUCGCGAUGUGGCGCACCUACUGAAGAGUGGCGGCAACCUGCACGCGUCACCCACGCCAACCGAGGAGGAGCUGAAGGAGCUGCAUGCAUGGGCGUCGAAUACGUUUUCGUCUUUGCUCUCCGCCCUUACUGGGGAUGUGGAGCUGCUGCUUCUCUGCGGGUACGCGAGUUUCAUUGAUGCGCUCUUUGAGCUGCAUCUACGUCUGGGGACGAGUCAGCAGGAGCUGAUGCACUUCGGUGACAACGUCCUGAUGAAGCGUGUGCUUCCUGCGUUGCUGCUUGGACUUUUGAAGAGCGCGGAGGAGGACACCCCAGAGACGCAUGCCGCGGCCUGCGAGUCCGCGCUUUUUGUUCUUGCCGAGUUGUCAAGGUUUGCCUCCUGGCCGGACCUGACACUCGCGACGGUUCUCCGUAGUGACGACAGCGAUCUAUUGAUUGCAGUGGCGGUGUACUGCCUGCGACAGGCGCGACGCGGGGGUGGGAAGCAGGCCAGCGACUACGGUCUGCCGGCGGCGCAGUUGCCGCUUGUGGAGUACACGCAGGUGCUGCAGAGCAGCGGCAGCGUUUCCUUUCUCUUGCGCCGGGGCAGUGGACACUCGUACCUGCACGUGCUCGACCUGAGUAACAGUUUGCUUCCCUUCUCACGGGUGCAGCCGAUCUACGGCGAUCGCGAGGGCAGCUGCGUCGCGGCCUUGCAGCAUUACUUGCAGAACGUGCAGCGGGUGUCGGCGUCGUCGGCUGCCGAGCAGCGGCAGCUGUUGGAGGAAUCCGUGAAGUGUCUGAGCUUCAUGGCGAACACAUCCAUCAGCGCCCACGUCCUCGGCUACCUGGUUCGCUUUAUUGAGCACUACCUGCGCGUGCAGGAGCGGCUCUCGCGCGCCCCGCUGGACGGCUCCUCCGCCGAACCGGCAAACGCCAAGCGGCGCGAGAAUGCGAUGGCGUCCCUGACGCGUGUCGAGACGGCGCCGCUGGUGCUGCUUGACUACAUCGGCUACCUCAGCUCCGCCGGAAGCUGGACGAUGGUGACGUGGGCCUUCAACCUCGCCGAGACGGCGCUGAAGAUUCGGCGCAAGCAUCAGCUGGCCACAACAACUUCCGUCGGAGAUGUGGCGACGACGGCGAUUCUCUCGCAGCUGCGUGCCUUGUCGCUCCCGACCACGCCGCGACUGCCGCACAGCCUCCUGAAGAGUAUUCUCUGCCUCUCGGACAUCAUGUCCGAGUCGCCCAUGACGCUGCUCGGCUUUGACCGUGGCACCCCGCUGCACGGGCUCCUACGGCACGCCACACGCGGCGAGUACCGUACAAUGCUUUUUGCCAUGAAGCAGGCGGUGAUUCUCGUGCAGCGCGCAUCUGCGAAAUACCGGGCCUCGCCUCCCCAACGCUGCGGGGCGGAGGAGCUUGCCAGGAGGCAGGAGGCAGCGAAGGCGUUGGAGGAAUAUGGGGAUGAAGCGGAGGCAAUGGAUCGCACGAAGAAGAAGGAAGACGAAGAACACGAGGGGGGAGCCAGAGAGGGUAGCGGGACGUAUUUUGCGGCCCCGGCUGCCGCACACACCCCUGAGGCACAGCGUGAGUUACGCGUCUUUCUUGGCUGCCUUGUCGCUUGCUUUGACAACGUGCUUGACGUUAUUCGGGGCUGUGCGCUGCAGCAGGACAUCCUUGGCGAUGAACUUCGCGAGGUACUCCUGCUGGCACUGCAGACGUUGUUUCACGUGUUGCACGGAUGUGUGCGCACGGUUCUUGCCUUGCCGGAGCACACGUGGGACCGCUUCCGGGCAGAACGUGCCCAUCUGCUGUGGGUAGGCCUCUGCGUGGCGGGAUUGGUGGGACGCGUUGUCGCCGUGGACCACGGCCGUGUGUGUUUCACCGGUGGCCUGCGACGCUCCACGGAGUCUCUGCUUGCCGCCAUUGGAGAGCUGGUGGAGGCGUGCGUCGAGGGUGGCGGCCACAAUCGUAGAAGCGACGGCGGCGGCAAGAAGCGAGGCUGCGCCCACGCGGAGAGCGCCACGCCGCUGCUGGACACACUGACGGAGAGCGUGCAAACGAUACUGCGCGACCUGCAGGUGUCACAUCGCGUGGCGAUACGACUCGGUCUUGGCAUGCAGCAGCGCACUGACCUCACAGCCAUCAUCACCUCCCUGCGUGCGUUUGCGGCGGCCUCGGCGCGCUAUGAGCCUGCCGGCCGCGUUAUCCACCGCGUCUGGCGUGUGGUGAGUGCGGAGGUGGGCCAACCAAAGAAACCGCGGGGGCGGGGGCAAAAGCGACUGCCGAAUGCGUCUCCUCCGGCAGCGGCACUGCGUGUGCCCUCUAUAGACGAGCUGCAGCUUCUUGUGGAGUCGUUUCGGGACUUGGAGAACGAACUGAAAAGUGUGGCCUCCGCCAGAAGGGCGGAACACCGAUCUGCUGAUUUUGUGGUGGACUGGGCCUGUGAGGACGCCGCAUCGAUGCUUGACCGCGUCACGGAGGACCCGACGUUGGUGCAGAGUAGAGAAACACGCGCUGCAGCGUUGGGCGGCGGCGGCGACGACGAGGCGGGGGAGGAUGAGUCGCUGCUGGAUGUCGGCGUUGGUGCCGCGGAACCGCGGGCUUCACUGAGCGCCGGCACACUUGUCUGCAUGGAUGCCGCCAAUCUCCUGCAGGAGGAGGAGGAGGAGGGGCAGGCAGCGGGGGGAGGCGGGGGCGAGCUGGUUUCUCACGGCGACCUUAUCGAGGCGCUGGUUCGGCAGUGCCGUCGGGUGCAGGUGUCCUCGGCGGCGCCGGCCAACGUGGAUGCCGCGCUCUCUAUUCCGCAGACAAGUAAAGUUCUUGGGACGCAUUUUAACUGCGUGAAUGCCGUCUUUGCGCGAUGCACGCUGGCGGAGAUUGUUGCCGUCCCGUACGCGGAGCUCGUCUUUGGCAGCCUCGAACUCUUCGCCCGUCGGCGCUCCCCGGUGCCGCUGGAGAACUGCCGCGUCUUGUGGGGUCAGCUCGCCCAGAAGUGGCGGAGGGAGUUCCUCGAGCCCCACAGUCUCCGCUUUGAGGAGCUGCAACGCGAGCUCCUGCAGCUGGUGCGGCAGCGCCGCUCGUUUGUCCGGUUGGGCGAGAAGGAGGCGAACGGUGACGUGGGCAACGGCGGAGCGGCGGUGACGGCGGUCGCCCCGCUCUUUUCCUCCCAGGAGAAUGUCAUGGCGCAGCUCUCGAAACGCGACGCGACCGCCGUCCCAUGCGAUGUGGAGCUUCCGCCCCAUGACGACAUCGGCGGUCUGCGGGGGGAGCGGGUGGGAACGAAGUCGCGUGGGAGGAGCCACCGCGACUACGAGCAGCUGCUGCAGCAACAGCGACAGGCGCAGGGGAAGCCGCCCGUGCCGUUGGAUGUCCUUUUCACCCUCCUCAGCGAUCUUCCGCGAGGGCCACGUGGCGAGGUGGAGCUGGAGAACUUGGCCAGGGUGGUCGCGACGUACGUGGCGAGGCAGUACCUUCUUCUGCGUCCGCGAAGCGAUGGAAAUGCGAUGAACGUCAUGCAAUUCCUCCAGCGUCCCCACCAACUUGGCCCACGGCUGUACCAGCGGCGGCGCCUCCCGGUGAGCUGCGCCCACGCCGCUGACGUGGCGGGGUGGUUUUUAACCCCCACGGACCGCCGGUCGUUCAUGCAUGCCCUGUCGCACGUAUGCGAUGGGGAGGAGGUGGGGGCGGCGUUAAGCUCGGCAGAGCACGGCGUCUUUGAAUACAUGCGUUUGUCGUGUCUCUACCUGCAUCUUCUUUCCCUCAUCGUGCACGUCUGCCAUCGGUUUCGCUUCCUCGGCGACGGCGAGCUGCGGGACGGGGUGCGGCAGCAGCGGCAACAUGGCCCUCGCGGAUUUGAUGAGGAGGGUGGAGAUGCGGCCCAGUGGGGCGGGUUUGGCAGCCCGGACGCGGAGGCGCGGCGGGCGGAGCGUCAGCUGCGGGCGGAUACGCGACAGACCGAGGCAGACAGUGUCAACAUAAAUCUACUGGAGAAUACGCUGCUGCACUUCUUGAACGUUGCCCUGACGCUCGUGGAGCACGCCGACGUGAUGACGCACCGCGCGACGAGUAUUGCCACGGCCCCGGGCAGCGACCACGACCACGCCCGCAAGGCGCUCCUCUACGCGGAUGAGUUGCGUUUGAUGGUUGGGGUUGCCUUGCAGGACACCCUGCGCGUGCUUCUCCGGGAGGCGCCGUUGGGCGUUUCACUCGCCCGCCGCGUCGUGCAUCGCAUUAUCUGCAGCUUCUCCUGUGACCCCUUUCCCACCGCGUCACUGAGUGAGUCCUCGACGGGGAAGCAGAGGGGGCGUGCUUUGCUGCACCUGCCCCCGGUGAACACGGCGGCGUUGGAGGCGUGGCGCUCCAAGCGACCAGAGCUGUUUGUCCGCUCUCCCACGCUGCUGUGUGUUCUGUCGCCUUCCUUCUUCAACGAGGUGCUCGCGCAGCACAUCCGCAAUGCCCUGAGCCUCACCCUGACCCAGGUCGUCGCCUCCCUGCACUUUUACCUGCGUCGCCCGGACGCCCACUUGUCGCCCCUGAUGGCGGCAACGACGAGUAUUCUCUCAAGCACGUACGUGCGAAAUGCGGCGCUGCGUCUGUUUUGCGAGGAGCUGUGCGGGCAGAUUGUGGAGCGGACGAGUUUCCGCGAGGCGCUUGCGCCGCCAACGGUGGCCUCCGUGCAGCAGGGGGCGGCGGGCUCCGUCCCGGACGAGGUCCUCAUCCCGUUUCUUGCCUCCAUCUGCCGCGAGGACGCCUUCGUGAGCAAGAAUGCGCUGGCAAUUGUCCUGCACCGCAGCAUGAGCCUCCGCCCCGACGUGUUUGGGCAGCCCCCCACCGUGGACCGCUUCGCCAGGUUUGCCAUUGCCCGCAGAGGCGGCAGCAGCAGCAGCAGCAAUAACAAUAAUGGUAAUAACAACAACCUUAAUAACAACGGCGACCGCGGCUUCGCGUCGGCCGCAGAAGGAGCUGCCCAGGGCAGCAGUAGCAGUGUUGCCGCCGCUGCUGCCGCCGCUGCUUUUGCUGGAGGAGGAGGAGGAGGUCACGCGGGCGUUGGCGCGCGGGAAUGGGCGGCCAAGCGCCGAUUGAGUCUGGGCGUCACGCACGCGGAUGUGCUGCUUGAAGGCCCCAUGUCGGCCGAUGCGGUGGCGGCAGCCGUGAUGGAUGACGCCGCCGCCAUGGAAGCCGCGGACACGGGGGAGGAGGAGGCGGAGGAGGUCGAGGCACUCGGUCGGUUCAUGGCGGACCAGUCUGAGGAGACGGCAAACCGCACACACAAACACGCCCUCGCCUCACUCAACCUCACCCUGGCGGAGGUGAUGGAGACGGCAAUGCACUUUGCCGCCAUGCGGCAGAUGUCGGCAGAGGAGUACAAGAAGGCACGGGCUAUGAUACGGGCCGCCGAUGAUGCACGACAUGAGCGCAUCGCGGCAUUUCGCAGUGCUGCGCCAGCAACUAGUUCGCCUCAUGGCAGGGGGGCGGUCUCCUCUUUUGCUGCGGCUAACGCCCCCACGGUCGGUUUUCCUGAUGCCGCAUUGCACAUUGAGGAGCCCAUGCAUUUUGGUGUGGGGAUGCUGCAUAUUCGGUUUGCGCUGCGAAAAAUUAUUCACGUUUCGAUGCGUCGAUUGGCGGCCCAGCAGGGGCCCAAGACACUUUCCAUGAUGGUUGAAAUGCUGCGUGAGGUUGACCCCAAGUGGCGCCAAAGCCAAAAUAACACCGGCAGUGAACUCCGUCGGCAGUCGGAUAGCAUGCUUGCCGGGACGCUUCGCGUGCUCGUGGCACGUUCUGUAGUGUGUGUUGAUCUCGCAGGGGAGGCGGAGGAUCUCCUUGGCGGCGGGGCUGGCGGCGUCGCCAUGAGUGCAGUUGGCUUGCAGCGCACGGAGCGGGCAUUGUACUUGGUGCAGCGCACGAAACAGGGACAUGCCGCUUCUGGUAGUAGUAAUGGCGGUAGCGGCGGUGACCGCGUUGGCAGGCGGUUGCCUCUGCGGCAUCGACGAGCUGCUGCUGCAGGUCUUUCUUUGGCCGACAAACGGUCGGCUUCCUGA